AUGAGGCUCUUCUUAGCACUGCCAUUGCUCUUCGCAGUAGCUAAUGUGGAAGGAUACUCGGGUCUUCCCCAUACUCUGGCUCUUGCUUCCUCAUUCUCCCAAAUCUACAACCAACUCGACAACAUUAACCUCGGGAAUUGUUCUCUCGCAAAAGUUUCCCUCUCGCUGAACGCAACAAAGUCACCGCUUCCAGCACCAUCCACGAACAUGACCCUCAAAUACGUUGCAUUGGGUCGAGGAACACAGAACUAUACCUGUCCAUCGAAUGGUUCUGUGAUUUCCAACUCCACCACCAUCAAGCCCAAAGCCAUAGGGGCUGCCGCUACACUCUUUGACGCUUCUUGCAUUGCAUCAUCAUCGCUAGCUCUCCUCCACGAAGUCCCCCCAAUUAUAAGUGCCACUCCUCUUGGAUCUCUCGCGUUCAUGGCAGCCCUUGUGGCCCAGGGAACGAGAAGCACCAAUCUCAUUAUUGGCGAACAUUACUUCGACGCUAGUGGAGACCCGGUCUUUGACAUGGGGCUGAGUGGCUCCAAUUCCUGGGUUGCUACGAGUAAAAUAGCGUCUACUCCAGCGCCAAAGUCAAAAUCACGAUCCUGCAACGAUGUUCCGUGGCUUAAACUAGGAUAUAAGAAGGGGAAUGGCAUUCGGGAAGUUUAUCGAGUUGUGACAUCCGAAGGUGACCCGCCAGUUACGUGUGCUGGUCAAAAUGCAACGAUCCAAGUUGAUUAUGCCGCAGAAUAUUGGUUCUACGGAUGA